UGAACCAACCAGUAAGCAAAUAGCUUGUGUCGGAAAUUUGAUGUUUGAACUUCUUCCCAAUCUGAAAACAAGCGUCCUCCGGUGCCUGGGUACUGCUUAGUACGCGAUAGUCUUGCAGGGAGUGCAGGUGUGUGCUAGUGAACCAGGCCUGCUGGAGUUGCACUUGUAGCGAUGGACGCGUUCCGGAGGUAGCCCGCAAAGGCGACACUCGACCACUGACUUCGUCCGCUGUGUGUCGCUACUGUUCCGCCUCAGUGCGCGUAUGUGUCACGCCCGACACGACGACAGGACUUCAGUUGAAUGAUUCUGUGAUCACUCCUUGCUCACACAGCCUGUGCAAGCUCCAGCAGCAGCAGCAGCAGCAGCAGCACGACUAUCGCACACAUUCUGAUGUUCACCAUCAUGGAGUGUUCACGUCAGGGUGCUGUCCGUCCGGGCAGUAGGUCAAUACGUCGUCACAUGACCAUUGCUACCACUGCUGCAGCCGCCACUACUCUACUGUGCCUGCUCUGCGCAGUCUUACCCAGUCCAUGCACAGGUCAAGUAACGGAGGAGACACCACCUCCAACGUUCCCACCGCAGUUUACAACUGGCACUACGGUUGCUUCAACGACUGCACCACCCACACAGGCAGUGGCAACAACCCUGCCACCCACACAGGAAUUGCCAUCAACUCUAUCACCAACGCAAGGAGUACCUUCCUUUCCAACGGCACCGGAAAUGUCAGGACCUCCCCUGUUCUCCUUGUUUAUCCUUCAAGGUCCGCCAGCCAAUGUGGACCUGUUACGAGGGGAUUAUUUCCUCUUUACAUGCGUUGCCGGCGGUUUCGUCAACCAGCCUACGUUCGAAUGGCAACUUGAUGGAAGCAAGGUUGAUUCGUCGGUGGAUAAUUCCUUCACGGUUUGGGCCAAUGGAUCAAUGCUGUUCUGGGCAAGAUCCUCAAAGUUCACUGGUAGUCUGGAGUGUGUAGUGAAGAGCAAUGAUGGACCAACGGUCGGUGAUGCCCUCUCAACGCCCUGCACACUCAAUGUUAUACCUAUUGACAACCGCUUCACCUCUAACCCAGCUAGCAUAACCGUUAGCCACGGCAAGCCUAUACAUCUGAACUGCUCUAUCAAGAGUACGCCGACAGCCGUGAUCACUUGGACGAGAAACGGGGCGUCACUACAAUCUGAGGGAUCUGCCAAUGUAACCAUCAGCAUGGUAGGAGACACAUCACACCUACGUGUGGCCAGUGCACAGUACAGCGAUGACGGCGAUCAGUGGCAGUGCACUGCUAUCAAUCCUACCGCUUCAGGGCAAAUAUCCGUUGCUAGCCUCGUUGCUACGGUGUCAGUCAGAGGUCGUCCGAUAUUCACAACCAAGCCAGCACUGCCGUCUCACAUACACACCGGCGACACUCUGACGGUGGGUUGCCGUGCCGAUGGGCGUCCAGUCCCGGCUCUACAUUGGACCCAGCCACCACUACACACAGUGAUCACUGCUAACACCACACGUCUCACCGUCACCGACACACGCCUGGUGUUGACCAGUGUGGUGUCGGGUGACUCGGGCAGGUGGUCGUGCGUAGCCAGUAAUAGCUACGGGCGGGAGAGCGUGGACUUCCAAGUCACAGUGCUACCUCCGUCCGACUCCGCCCGAAUCUCCACACCCCCCAGCGACCAGAUGGCUCUCGUUGGCUCCACAGUACAGCUGCACUGUACGGGUGCGGGCAAUCCUCUACCACACAUUACCUGGCGGAAGGAUGGCGCACAGCUCGACCUCACCAGCACUGCCGGUAUCCAAUGGCAACCCGGCACCGGUACUCUAACCCUGACCCAGGUGACCGCCUCCGCCAGUGGCCUGUAUGCGUGUACAGCCACCAACAGUCAAGGAACUGAAUCGGCUUCUGCUCGUGUCACGGUGGCAGGCUCACCUGUGAUCACACCAGCACUAUCAAAUCGCACCGUCACCUCUGGUACAUCACUGUCUGUGACAUGCACCACCUCACCAUCAUCUAAACUACUCUCAACCACAGCGUGGUGGAUCAAUGGACGGCGGAUUAGCACCGCGCCCACACUGACCUUUAGCCCAGUCAUGCUGUCACACAGCGGAAAGUAUCGCUGCGAUCUCAGCACGGUCGUCGGAAUGACUAGCGGCUCGUUGUAUAUCAAUGUUCAAGAAACCCCUACAUUUGUGAAACCACCGGCCAAUAUCACUGUUCUCCAGGGCGCAUCCGCCAUGCUGCCAUGCAAUGCCAUGGGGGUGCCUAGCCCAACGCUGAGCUGGGUACAAGGUCACAGUACGGUCACCACCAACCAGCACAUCUCCAUACUCAGCGACAACACGCUGCAGAUAGUGAACGCAGACAUCAAGAACACCGGCGUGUAUUCCUGCGUGGCCAGCAACGCAGCUGGUACCAAGACAGUGUCGGCGUCCGUCGUGGUUAUUGGUCGUAUCAGUUUCACUACGUAUCCGACGGACACCACAGUCAUCGCCGGUCGCAGUGUACGUCUGCUGUGCGCCGCGCGGGCAGACAACGCAGUGCUUACAUACACGUGGUACUAUCCGAACAACACACGCAUCACUAGCACUACGACCAGUGGUGGCGGUGGUGGUGGUGGUGACGGCGGAGACGGUUCCUCUGCUGGUGGCGUUGCCGUUAGCGGCGGUACCCUAACCCUGGGUGGAAUCGACUACAGCCAGCGCGGCAGAUACACGUGUCGUGUGCAAGCUAUGAACUCAGCGGCUUUGAAAGACGCCAGCGCCGAGAUCACAGUACUAGUUCGACCGUCAUUCUCCACUCAACCCACACCGACCACGGUUAACCAGGGCAACUCGGCAACGCUGUACUGUGCAGCGACUGGCAUUCCCAUGCCAACCGUCCUGUGGUUGCGGAACGGCAGACUGCUUACCUCAUUCCAGCUAGGUGCAUCCGGGGGACGUGUCCACCAAGGCCCAACCGGUACACUAAUGAUUCAAACUGUCACCAAGGCUGUGGAUGAUGGUGCAUACACUUGCUAUGCCAACAGCAGUGCUGGUGUUGCCACGGCAACUGUUAGACUGCAUGUACUAGAACCGCCGACUAUUUCAACAUCUGACCUCACCGUAAUCAGCCCAGCGGUGGCAUUCCUGCCUUGCGUCGUUAGCGCCGGUGAUCCAGCACCCGUCAUUGGCUGGAGCUAUGGCAACGGAACAGCACUGCCUGUAACUGGUCGCUACGGCAUAUCACCGACGGGAACACUGGCUAUUCCCGGGAGCACGGUAGACGAUGAAGGACAGUACUUGUGCACAGCCAUGAACAGUGUGGGAAAGAUGUCUGCCAUGGCUACACUGACUGUACAGGUGAGGCCGACUGCCGAGAUCCUCACUCCCGGUUUCUCCAGCAUAGCCGCUCACGUCAACACCAACCUCACGCUGGUGUGCCGAGUGACGGGGAAACCGCUGCCCGUGGUUACGUGGGGUUUCGGCGUCACUCAGAUCACCAACACCAGCACCAGUCUGUUGCUGGGCGAGCAACGCGAUCGGCUGCUCCUGAUCAACGUCACACCUCAGCGUGAUGGCAACUGGGUGUGUGCGGUGCAGACUGCAGCCGGCAGUGCUGUAUCCACUGCCAUCCUUACAGUACAAGUUCCUCCAUCACUAUCACCUGUCGUUCAACGCAGCAGAACGUCAUCAAGCGUUGAAAUCGGCUGGAGCUUCGGAUCAAACGGAGGCAGCGUCAUCACCAACGUCUCCGUGGAGAGGGCCGAGGCUGGAAGUACUAACUUUACGACUCCCGUCUGGCUGGGCGUGAGGACAGUGUACAAUGCUACUGGUCUGCAGGCGCAUACCGGGUACCUAUUCCGUGUACAUGUGUACAAUGCCGUCGGGCCCAGUCCUGCGUCAGUGACCAGUGCUUUCACUACGUGCAGUAGAGCCCCUACAUCUGCACCACAGAUGACUAUCACCACACUGAACAUCACAACGUUCAACAUCACUUGGUCAGCACCGAUUCCGGCAACUGGACCAGUUGCAACUUACUUGGUCACAUGGGAUGUGCCGAGUAACGGCUCGAUUCCCCGUGUCACCAUGGCAACUCAGGACAUGUUUGUAGUCGCCAUGGAGCUGCACGUGUACACCGAGUACAGCUUCACGGUCCAGGCCAGCACCAGGGCAACGUGUGACGGCGGGGUAGGCCAACCGGGGCCCACCAGUCAGCCGGUUCUCAUGACUACGGGAGAGCUGCCUCCAUUGCUAGCACCGGUGAACGUAACGACUGAGGUAGAUGCAGAGAACGGUAUCAUUGUGUCCUGGCUAUCCCCACCACCGUCAUCUGUGCGGGGACGCUUACUCGGAUUCACAGUCUACUACAGAGUCACGGAGAAGACUCUGGAAAACUAUGAAUGGGUUACAGCCCCAGCCGAUAUGGGGCCAAGCGAGGAUAGGCGGUAUCUACAGAGGCUGGACUCACCAAAGGCCGGCGUGUCAUACGAUAUCAAAGUGCAAGCGUACAACGAUGCAGGCCGUGGUCCGAACUCGACGGUUGUGGCUGCUCAGACAUUAGCUGUUACAACUGACGAGGGCACAUCAGCAGGUAGUGUGGCUGGCAUAGUGGUGGGAUCUGUGUGCGGACUUCUUAUCAUCAUACUCCUAUUCUUGCUGAUUCAGAACCAUCGCAAGUCAACCAAACGCGACUCCCUGUAUGACACCGAGAAUGACUGGAAGGGAGAGACCGCCUCAAGCCAAGUCGCCACCUCCACAACAGCCAAACCCAAACACACUGAAGCCAAGCAUCCAAGCAAGUCAUCCCGUCACCAUGACUACGAUGAUGACGCUAGAGCUGGUCACCAUGACGAUAGUGAUGAUCGCACUCGCCUGACCUCCAGGGAUGACGAUAGGUAUACGGUUGAGCAGCCAGCACGGAAAGCGGCUGUUGUGAGCAACGUCCAAGCUGCUCAGUAUCACGACUCGCCUAAAGUCGUACGUCCGCCUGAGAAACCAAAGUCAAAGAUGGUGGAACGGACUGACACGUCCUUUGCAUACGAUGAUGGUGAAGACGAUGGCGGUGGUGAUUAUACUCCCGCAGAGCCGGACCCGCAGGCUCACUUCAACCCGCUAGAGUACCCGGACGAGGAGAACGAGGGCGAAACACACUUCGGUGGAGACGACGACUUCGACGACGACUACAACGGUGGCGAUGAUGACGGAGGAGCAGCAGCGGCGGCAGCUCAUGCCCAGCAUGGUUACCAUGACAAUCAUGGCUACCCCAGUGCGCAGGACGAUGAAGACCCGGACACUGAUCUGUACAGCAUGCCGAACAAAUCGGCCAAGAAGCAAAAGCCCGCGGCAGCCGUCGCCGCACAGCAACAACAGGAGAGUUUCUUCGACGAUGACGAGGAACCGGCACCAGCACUGGCCAAGCGUGGUUACCAAGACGGCGACAAGAGACAGCUGAUGGACGCCGUCAUGUCCAGUCCAUCGAACCACUCCCUGCCGCAGCAGCAACAGACCGACGGUGGUGCCUAUGACGAUGAAGGAUACGAGGAUCCAUCCCUGAGCCAGCCCAGAUCCGCAGGAGGAGGAGGAGGAGGUGGCGGUGGAGGAGCUCCAUUCAGCACUCGUCAGGCAGAAGAGGAGCGAAGACAGAAGCAGCAGAAAGCCGACGCGAAGAAGCGAGAGGAGCGUGACUUCCGUGAGUGGCAGAAACAACGCGCCAAGGAAGACGCAGCUGCCGAGAAACACCGUCAGAAGGUACUGAAAGAGGAGCAGAAGCGUGCGGAGAAGGCUGCCAAGGACGCCAGGAAAGCGCGAGAAAAGGACGCAAAGGGAAAGAAGCAGCAGAAGCGAACGUCCCAAGCCAGUGAGUCGGAUUGGGACGACUUUGCUACGGGCACACCGGGCAAGGCCGUCAAGGGUAAGAAGAAGGGAGGGAGCGGUGGCGGUGCUAGCGGAUAUGGUGGAUCAUCCUCCAUGAUGAUGUACUGAGUAUUCACCGCGGGACGCCUGAGCUCUUCUCUUCACGAUCUCUCCAGUCUUCUCCUAGCGAUCUCUCAGCUCUUUUCCCUCCUGUCUUCUCCUGGCGAUCUCUCAGCCCUUCUCCUGGCGAUCUCUCAACCCUUCUCCUGGCGAUCUCUCAACCCUUCUCCUGGCGAUCUCUCAACCCUUCUCCUGGCGAUCUCUCAACCCUUCUCCUGGCGAUCUCUCAACCCUUCUCCUGGCGAUCUCUCAACCCUUCUCAUCCUUGUACAUAUAUACACCACUGUACCUCUAGCUCUUCCGACGGGUGAUGACUUUCCCCGAAUACUGGACUUGUGGCGUGACGUCAUAAGCUUGUUUAACUACUACUACUGCUACUAGUAGUAGUAGUUGAAAUAUACAUGUACAUGUACAUUGUCAAUGGCUUCUUCCAGCAUCUACCGAUACGCAGUGCAUGACAUGAGAUUUCCUAUGAUUUUUUAUAAUUCACACACACACACACACACACACACACACACACACACACACACACACACACACACACACACACACACACGCGCGCGCACACGCACACACACACACACACACGCACACACACACACACACACACACACACGCGCGCACACACGCACAUGCGCACACGCACGCACACACACACACACACACACACACACACACACACACACACGAAUUGAUGGCAAACCCAUCCUUCUGGAAAGUAGUUUAACUUUAGGGAAAGAUCUGUCCUGCAUCCGCAUGCACGCCGCCCACUAGGUUGGUUAGGAUAGGCAUGCAUGCAAGUCGUCUAAUCCUGUGCCUGUGUGAGUGUGCCUGUGUGAGUGUGCAUGUGUGAGUGAGGUGCAGAUUCCUGGACAUGAACGUGCAUAGGUUCUUUGCAGCAGCACCAUUGCAGAGGACCCCACGCAACCAUGCAUCUACAUGUACAUGUAUGUACUACAUGCAAAAGCAGCUGAUGAAUUAUUGAUCCAUAGAAUUAUUCUAAAUGAUUUUCAUUCCGAUUGCGCGGCCUGACAAUGUUCUGCCAUUGUCUGGUGCCAGUAUUUGCCUUCUGGCCAUGGUCAUCCACCUGUGCAUAGCGCUAUAGAUAGUCAUAGUUUUAAGCAUGCGUAUUGAUGAAAACCCUGCUGCAGUGCUCAAACUCUUAACACUGUAGCUCACUUUCCUCACUCUCAGUAUGCCAAAGGCAAAAAUUAAUAAUAAUUGAAUUUUAUUGAUUUUUGAGGAAUCUUCCUCUCUAUUCACGUGCAUACCAUUGUCAUUGGCAUGAUAUUUCUGCUGAUGUGUUGAAUACCGCAUGGACACACACA